AUGGCCUCUGUGAAGGAGAAGGCGGCAGCUUUGAAUCUCUGUCCUCUCUACAGUCCAGCGAACAAGCCUCCAGGUUUCAGUCUGGCACAAAGACCGUUUGGAGCAACAUAUGUCUGGAGCAGCAUUAUCAAUGCCCUUGAGACCCAAGUGGAAGUGAAAAAGCGACAUCAAAACCUGAAAUGCUAUAAUGACUGCUUCAUUGGCUCCGAUGCUGUAGAUGUUGUGUAUGCCCACCUUCUCCAGAACAAAUACUUUGGUGAGGUGGAUAUUUCUCGAACUAAAGUUGUGAGAGUCUGCCAAGCAUUGAUGGACUACAAGGUGUUUGAAGCAGUUUCUACUAGAUUCUUUGGGAGAGAGAAACGGUCUGUGUUUGAAGAUAGUAGCUGCUCCCUCUACCGGUUUUCAAGUACAGCAAGCCAAGUGAAUAGCCCCUCUGAGAGAGAGUGUAGUAGCCAUUUCGUUCAUCCAAGACAGGAGAAAAGAGCAUUACUUAGCACACCAGUGAAAUCUGAAAGCUUGGAGAAUCUCUUGGAAAACUUGAAUCUAAAGCCUGUAAGUUCUCCUCAAGUAAACACCUUUUCAAGUUUGUCUCGCCAAGUUAUUAAUGAAGUCUGGAGAGAGCAAACAAUUGUGCGUCUACUACAGCUUAUUGAUCUUCCACUUCUGGACUCUUUGCUCGAGUAUGGAGAGAUGGCAGCUAGAUUUCCACAAACCCAGCUGGAGGAUAAAUGUAGAAUCACAAGCAGCUACCUGGACCGAGAGAUUCUGAAAGCGUUUGGUGACUCUCAGGCAGAUGAAUGGCUUUCAGCUGCAAUCGACUGCUUGGAAUAUCUUCCUGAUCAGAUGGUGAUUGAUGCCAGCCAAAGUUUGCCUGAAAGUCCUGACACAGUACAUGUGGGGAAACUGCUCCUCUUUGAUAUCAUUAGUAGAUACUACAGUAAAAAAAAGGAACCACUCUUAAAUCAUGCCCCUGAUAUCCAGCUGGGAAUUGCAGAACAGCUAGUGAAUGGAAAGACUGAACAGGCUUUGGAAGCAGUUCAGCUCUACUUGAAAUUGUUGGAUAGCUCCACAAGAGAAGAGUUCCGGAGGCUGCUAUACUUCAUGGCUGUUGUAGCUCAGAAUUCUGAGCUAAAGCUUCAAAAAGAGAGUGACAACCGGAUGGUUGUGAAAAGACAUUUCUCUAAAGCUAUAGUGAACAAUAAAACACUAUCUAAAGGAAAAACUGAUCUUCUGGUUUUAUUUUUGGUGGACUUUCAAAAAGAAGUUUUAAAGAUCCCAGGGACAUUGCAUAAAAUUGUUAGUGACAAGCUUGUGGCUCUACAACAAGGGAGAGAUUCCAGCCUGGAUUCAGGGUAUACCUUCUGCCAGAGGCUUGAUGAAAACGAAUAUCGCUACAGUGUUCAGAAGACUACAAAAGAUGAACUCUUAACUUUGCUAAAAACUAUUGAUGAAGAUGUGAGUCUCUCCACCAAAGAGAGGGAAAAAAAGCUAGAUCAGUUCUAUGCUACUAAUCCAGCUUUAUUUUUGCAGUAUUUCGGAGAACGAGCUACAGAUGGGACUGUGUAA